UUCUUGCUAAUAGGUGGUUUCAUGUCCUAUGUGGACAGGAAACCCCACCGCAUACUACGGCCUGACGAGGUUCUCGAGCUGAUACGUGCCAGGUGUAUUGAUGCACCCACCCUAAUGGCAACGCAGUUCAGCAAUAAGAAAAACGGAAAUAGGAUGGAAAGUAUGCUUCAGGUGGCCUGGUUUGUUCUGCAGCUCAUUACCCGCGUCAUCCAUCAUCUCAAGAUCACCGAACUCGAACUUGCAGUGGGGAUAAUCGCUUUGGUUCUCAACUUCUUGACCUACGCUGUGCGGUGGAAUAAG